UGGCCGGUCAACCGGAAGUAGCUGGAAUCACCAUCAGCCUGAGCUACUGACAGGAUCCUGAGGUUCAAAGAGGGGGCAGCCAUGGAGUUGGGCGAACUGCUGUACAACAAGUCGGAGUACAUCGAGACGGCAUCUGGUAACAAAGUUAGUCGCCAGUCUGUUUUGUGUGGAAGCCAGAACAUCGUCCUCAAUGGCAAGACCAUUAUAAUGAAUGACUGUAUCAUCCGAGGAGACCUGGCAAAUGUAAGAGUUGGACGUCACUGUGUCGUGAAAAGCCGUAGUGUCAUAAGGCCACCGUUCAAAAAAUUCAGCAAAGGUGUUGCAUUCUUCCCUCUGCAUAUUGGGGAUCAUGUCUUUAUUGAGGAAGACUGUGUGGUCAACGCUGCCCAGAUUGGUUCUUAUGUUCACGUUGGGAAGAACUGUGUGAUUGGGCGCCGUUGCGUAUUGAAAGACUGCUGCAAAAUUCUCGACAAUACAGUAUUACCCCCAGAAACUGUGGUCCCCCCAUUCACUGUCUUCUCCGGCUGCCCAGGACUCUUCUCCGGGGAGCUCCCAGAGUGCACACAGGAGCUGAUGAUUGAUGUCACCAAAAGCUACUACCAGAAGUUUUUACCCCUAGCACAAGUCUAAUGUCUCUGCUUUGUAUCUUUAAUCCUUUUGAACUCCAAGACGAACCUGGAGAUAAAGAGAGCAGCCAGUGACUAUAAGAGCUGUCCUGUUUUUGACAACUUCUACUCUCCCGUUGUUGGCUUUUUUUUUUUCAAUUUUAAAUGGCUCUGAGCAUUUAAGAAUUUAAUAAGGCUAGAGAGAUGGCUCAGUGAUUAAGCAUGCUGGUUGUUCUUCCAGAGGACCCAGGUUCAGUUCCCAGAACU